AUGGAAGAAGCCAAGAAUGUUCUUCCGCCAGAGUCUAUAGACAGAGUGAGGACAUUUUGCAUUCCUAUUGGGUUCAUCAAUGGUAUCCCAGUCGAUCUAGGCAAGACAUUUAGUGUGGCUUGCUAUCAAAGGGAUAGCAAAAGUCCCUGUAAAGGCGACCCAAAAUUCCAUGCCGACCUAUGGAAGGGUUUCAUGCCGGCGAUGGAUGCACUAAUAUCAUUACUUGAGAAAUCUCCUGAAGAGAACUGGAUAUUACAGGACCAUGACAAUGGCCCGACAUAUUGUAAAGGCCACGUAGGAAUGAUUGGUGAUGCAGCGCAUGCUACGUUACCCCAUGCGGGACAGGGAGCGGCGCAGGCGAUAGAGGACGCGGCAGUGUUAACAGGUAUAUUCUUGAAGGUUUCAUCUAUUGUUGAAGUUGAAGAAGCCUUGAGAGCAUUUGAUGAAAUCCGCCGGCCACGAAGUCAGAAGAUUGUUGAUAUUACCAGACGAUUCGGUAGACUUUAUACUCAAGAGCCGGAAGAGAUUCAGGUGGAGGAGAUGCGGACUGAAAUGAAGGAAGGCGGUAUGUACUCAAAUGCGGUGGAUAUGCCUGGCCAGGUUAAGAAUGCAAUCGAUGCAUUCGAGCGAAGGCUGGCGGUAGAACAUUGA